UUGUUAGCUUCCGUUAAGUAAAGCGGCUUCUUCAAACACACAAACGAGAGAGGGGGGGGAAAUUUUUUUUUUUUUUUUCAAACAACAAAAAAAUCAAAGGAGAGAAAGAGAGAGAAAGAGAGAAAGAACAGCGAGUAUACCGAGGAAUGCCUUUCUCGCUUCUUACCCAAAGAAAAGGGGAGACAGUUUGCUAAAGCGGGACUCUGUGAAUGGAAAAUGAAAUAGAAGAUAACCAGUUCAGGAUGUCGAUUCUGGAAAGACUUGAGCAAAUGGAACGCAGGAUGGCUGAGAUGAGCAGCCCUCACCAGCAGGGGGCAGGAGGUCCGGCCGGGGGAGGAGGAGGGGGCGCUGGGGGCAACACCAGCCAGGCACAGUGCGUAUCGGGUCCUGGCCAGGCUGGCACCUCCUUCGAGAGCCGAGUGGUGGUGGUGUGUGAGAAGAUGAUGGGCCGGACUUGCUGGGCCAAAUCCAAACACCUGAUCCACUCCAAGACCUUCCGCGGCAUGACUCUGCUGCACCUGGCGGCCGCGCAGGGCUACGGCACGCUCAUCCAGACACUCAUCAAGUGGCGCACAAAGCACGCCGACAGCAUCGAUCUGGAGCUGGAGGUCGACCCCUUGAAUGUGGACCACUUCUCCUGCACUCCCCUGAUGUGGGCGUGCGCUCUGGGUCACAUGGAGGCAGCGGUGGUUCUGUAUAAGUGGGACCGACGGGCCCUGUCGAUCCCGGACUCGCUGGGACGGCUGCCCCUGUCCAUCGCUCGCUCGCGCGGGCACACCAAGCUGGCUGAGUGCCUGGAGCAGCUGCAGAGAGACGAGCAACAGACCCCACACCUGCCCCCGGCCCCCAGGAUGCACUUCUCCCCCGGCUCGGAGGCUGCGGAUGAGAGCUGGAUGUCGUCGUGGAGCAGCGCUGGUGCUGGAGCCGUCACGGCCUCGGAGACCCAGAAAGGGAGCAUGAGCAAUCCCAACCCAGAUUUAAGAAGACCCAGGUCCGAGCCUUCCAGCUACUACAGCACCGAAUGCCAGCGUGACCUCCCCCUAGCCAAGAAACACAAACCCAACCCUGAGCUGCUCCAGACCCGGCCCGACAAGGCCAUGUCCGUGCCUCUGAGCCUGGAGCAGCACCAGCUCCGCAGACACAGUGACGGCAACAACUCGACCAACUCCGGCAGCGGCAGCAGCGGCAUGACCUGGAGCUCCAAGGACUUCUACAGCCACGGAGGAGCGGGGAGGAAGGGAGGGGGAGGAGGAGGAGGAGGAGGAGGAGGGGCGGGGGGAGGGAGCGGUCUGGGGAGUGAGAAGCUGGUGGGCCGCCUGCGUCAGCGAGAGCCGAUCAACGUGCUGAUGAUGUCGGAGAGGGAGAUGGUGGACUCGGAGCUGCUGUCCUAUCGAGAGAACCUGGAGAACGAGGACUGCCUGACGCACAUGGACGACCUGCAGGUCAACAUGAUGACGCUGGCCGAGCAGAUCAUCGAGGCCACUCCGGAGCGGAUCAAGCGGGAGAAUUUUGUUGCCGUGGAGACCACACCGCUGGCCGAGAGAGUGGACAGCGCAGGGGUCAGCAACACCAUGAGCUGGCUGGCCAGUUACCUGGCCGACGUGGAACAGCUGCCCAGCGUCAUUCACUUACGAUCCCUGUACAGCGAGCCUCUGACCCCUUCCUCGAACCCCAGCCUGAGCCCAGCCAGCUCCCCGGUCAGCGAGGGGGGCUUCGACAAGCCCACCCUGCCCUCGGCAGCAGACUGGACUGAGUUCCUCAACGCCUCCAACAACAAGGUGGAGAGGGAGCUGGCUCAGCUCACCCUGUCCGACCCCGAGCAGAGGGAGCUGUACGAGGCAGCGCGGCUGGUGCAGACAGCCUUCCGCAAGUACAAGGGACGUCCGUUAAGAGAGCAACAGGAAGUAGCGGCUGCUGUCAUUCAACGUUGCUACAGGAAGUACAAAGAGCUUACAUGGAUAGCCUUGAAGUAUGCACUUUAUAAAAAGAUGACGCAGGCCGCCAUCCUUAUCCAGAGUAAAUUCCGCAGUUACCACGAACAGAAGAAGUUCCAGCAGAGCCGGCGCGCGGCCGUGCUCAUCCAGCAAUACUACCGCAGCUACAAGGAGUUCGGGAGACUGCAGCCCUGCCACCGCACCGCUGCCGCCGCUGCCCUCAGAAGCAGUCUGCUCACCAAGAAGCAGGACCAGGCUGCGCGCAAGAUCAUGAGGUUCCUGCGCCGCUGUCGCCACAGCCCCCUGAUGGACCAUAGACUGUACAAAAGGAGUGAAAGAAUUGAAAAAGGCCAAGGAACUUGAAGACCUGCAGCCCCACCCUCUAGCGAUGUGACAUCACUUUUCAGACUUUUUGUUUUUUUUCUGUUUAUACCAGAGACAUUUUACAAAAAAAAAACAAAAAAAAAACUUAAAGAAAUGAACAAACUAAGAAUACAGUACAGUGAGACUAAUACUACAACAACACUUUUUAUUUCAUGUUUUCUUUUCGAGGGAGAAAAGUGGCGAGGAGUCCAGUGACGUUUUAAACUUAAAUCAAGGGUUUGAUCUUCAUCGCAUUUUUUUGCACUUUUUUUUUUUUUUUUAAGGGAUCGAAUUGUUUUGUUUUCUUUUGUUUUUUUGGUUUUUUUUGCACUUUGGGAGCUAAAGCAGAGGAGCUUUACAGGAGUUCUGUGACAGCGCCUGGGAAGGAGAGAAAAGGUCGAAGGUCGGGACGCAACAAAUACCGAAUCUUAACGCAGAUGUUUUGGGACCUUGGCUCUUUUUAAAAUUUAUUUAAUAUUGUUUUAAAAGUGGCUUUUAUUCAACAUUUUCAAAAGAAACUAAACUUUAACCAAAAAUUGUUAAAAUACAGACACCCAGUUACACACGCGCGCACACACACACACAUGCCCACGCACACACACACACAUACCAAUCUGCCCUUGUCCAUGUCAAUCAAAGCAGAAGGGGUGGGGUUAACUAUGAAUGUAGGCAGGACUUGAGCAGAAAUGGGUGGGGUUUUAAUGACAGGCUCCUACAGGCAAACCCAGAAAUGAGAAUGCCAUUUACAAGAAGAUAUCUUUCUUUUUUUUUUUUUUUUUUUCUUAUGGCUAUUUUACGUUAAGCUUUUACCGCUAGCCUGCCUUUUGUGAGUCCUGUGUUGUCUAAUUAAUUCUAUUAAUAAUAAUAAUAAUAAGAAGAAAAAAAUAUAUAUAAUAAUUGCAUGUUUUGGGCAGAUUUUGUCUCUUGCAUGCUUUCAGAUGUAUUAAUUUAUUUAUUUCUGUGUUGUUUGUUUUAACAUGGUGGCGUCACCCACGUUCCUAUACCCCUCCCAAGUCAUACCCAGCGCUUUCAUUUAUACUAUUAUUAAUCUUGUUAUUGUUUUUAAUUUUGGCCUUAUUUCAUUUUUUAAGCUUUCCUUUUAAAAGAAGUAUAUCUAUAGAUAUAGAUAUAUAUAUUUAGCUGAAGUGAAGCGUUUUUUUGUUUUUUUUUUGGUGUGUAUGUUUUUUUUUAUUUAUUUAUGUAUUUAUUUGUUGUAAUUUUUUGUUUUUUUCAAUGAACUUCAAAACCCAUGACGGUUUCUGGAGGGAUAAUCACAUACAUUGCCUUGACUUCAUGGGGUCCACAUUUUGGAUCCCUGUGUCUCCCCCUGCUGGCCAGAUGAGUCCAUAUUUUUGGCUACAGAAAGGUGUCUGUAUAUAAAGAAGGGAGACGUGGAUAUGAAAAAAAAAAUAAGAUAGGGGAUUGUAUUUAAAAAAAAAAAACAAAUAUAUAUUAUUUUAUUCAUGAAAAGGGGUCAAUAACAUGGUAAGAGACAAAAAAAAAUAUUUGUAUAGUUUUGUUUGAAUGCCCAAGAAGUAUAGAUGUAUUGAUUGUACAUAGUGUAAAUAUACCGAACAAAAAGGAGUUAUGUGCAUGAAAUUUAAGACAUGAACAAACAAACAAAAAAAAGCAUUAGUGGCUAUGGUCUGUAAAAUGAAAAACAAAUAA